GCGAGUUUCGGCAGCAGCCCGGUGAGAAGCCCGACCGCUUGUUACUUUCUGCGACUUCCAAUCGUCCCGCCUUACGGACCCGUAUAGCCUCACGGUUCCAGCUCCCAUGCCCGCAUUUGUUAGAUGCUUAAUUAGAGGAUAAUUACUCCACACGCACAUAUGGCGUAUCGCAGCUACAGUUCCUUCGACGACAAUGGUCUCGACAACCAACCGGGAGCCGGACAGGCGCUUGCCUCAUUCGCUGUGCCCCUGUACAUAACUGGCGACGACGAAAACACGUUCCGUGUCAAAAACAAGUCUUUGGCCGACUGGCAGCGGCGCUUGGUCAUCGAUCGGGUCGAAAAGGCGCUUGAUAUCCAGUGUCUGCUCGAGGAUGUGGUGCACGGAUCGUUCACCGAGGAUGGCAAGUUGAUGCCCGCCACCCUGAUGGUAUUCAAGUUUCGGGUCGAUCCCAAGAAGCAUUCGCGUCGCAUCAUCCGCGCCCUGAUCAACAUUGAGUUCAUCGCGAUGGAUGCGGGCGACGAGCCGCCGUCGGUCCAUGCGAUCGCUCCGGACGAGAGAUGGUCAGUCGUCCCGACGACCGACCACGAAGAGAUCACCAAGGGCGGUAGGCUGACCUUGGGCCUCUCGUCGUUGAUUCCGAUCAAUCUGGGAGGGGAGGCGAUGCUGGAGAAGACAACGAGUCGGGACAUUAGCGACGCCACAACCGUCACUGGGUCGAUUCAUCACGGCGAAGGGAUCGACUCUGGAGACCCUACUGCCUGUGCCUGGGCCCUCCUCGAGAACAAGACCCGCAAGACCGGAGUCCCGGAUAGCCUGAAAGUGGCGAUUGUCUUGAAGAGAAAGGACGAGAAACCGUUCAAGGCCGCGGUCAAUGUCGAGGCUCGCGCUGACCUGUUCACUCGACUGGAGUGGAUGUUCAGCAAGGUUCCGUUGGAUGAUCCAGUGCUCUUCAAUCCGGAUCUGGAGCCAGCGGGGAGGGAGAGGCCGUUCGCGAGGGAUGCACUUGGUACCAACUUUGACUGCGUGGCCGAUGUGACAUUCAGAACGGUGGUCAAGGAUGCCGUCAAAGGGAAAUGAGCCGUUGAAGACUGCUGGUUGGAUUUGGCAUGGCGGGACGGACGGACGGACGGAC